UUUAAGGAAGGUAGGAGCCGGCCUCCUUUUUCCUCAGCCUCGGGCUUCAUCUUCUAACAAUUUCCAAACCAGGGAAGAAAUGGCGUCGUUUUGCAGAUCAGCAGUAAUGGCGGGUUCUAGGUCCCUCGCUUCUCGACCCAAAACCCUAACUUUAAAGAGCCUAACUCCAAAACCCAUGUCUUCUCCUUUCUCUUCUCCGUCAACAAGAUCCCUCCCUUGCGCUUCAAGGAUCUUAUCGGUGUUGGGAGGAGUAGAGUCGAUGAUGCCACUUCACAGUGCCAUUGCAUCUGCCCGGCUACAAUCAAGCAUCGCCAUCGAUUCCUCCUGUUGGAGCUGGCUCUCUCAAGCUCCAUGUUGUCCACUUGAUUGGAUGAAGAAUGUGGAAAAGGGAAGAUAGUGCUUGGCGAAUUACUUGCUGUUUUCUUAAACUUUGCAGUUCCUCGGUGACCGAGUAAGGGCUUCAGUCAUUCCAAACCUAAUUGGCUUGCAUUUGAGCAGUUCGUUUCACACCCAUCCCUUUUCCUUUUCUUUUACAUCUAUUUUUACAUUUCACAUCUCGCGGCUAGAUGGAUUUCUACCUGUGGCAGAAAAUAGUGUUUUUUCCCUCUUUGACGAGGCGUUGUCUAUUUUCAACACAGACUUGUUAACGUGCAUGUAUAUCCUAUUCUGAAGAUGGUAGUUGAUACUUAAAGGGGAAAAAAAAGAACAACAAAAAAGAGGUGGGAAAAAAAUUGAACCCUGCAUUCAGAAAGUUCUGUUGCACUUAAAUUUGUGCAAUUUGAGAAACAUUGGUGUUUCUAGUGUUGUUUGGAAGUUGGAAACUUCCUAAAUUAUUAAUUUACUUGAUACUCUUUCUUCUUGUUUCAAGCCUGCACAUCACUUCUGAAAUUAUUCUUUGGUUAUGGGAAAUUUGAGGCUUCAUGCAGAACUUUUUAAACUA